UUUGGGGUGUAUUUUAAGGUAAACUGGGAAGGUUUCAUUCCCAAAGAGCACAUCUUAAUCAACUGAAGUCGGAGACCAAGCCCAUCCUUUCAAUGACUUUAUUCAGUAGGAAGGCGCCGUUUGCAACGUAGGUGUUCAGUGAAGGUUCCCCUUAUUUUAAAAAUGGAAAAGACAGCUAAAGCGAGUUUAACGGGCGUUGUAAUCGCAGUGGAAGGUGUUGUGGAUGUUCGAUUUUUGUCCGUAAUUUUCCGAGCUGAGAACAAGUAGCUACGUGGCGCACCACACACUUGCUCGAGACUAAAAACGGGAGUAAAGUGAGUGUGAACUGGGCGUGUGAAUCGCUUGCCCCGGUAAGAAGCUCCUUCUGGAAUCCAGCCGUCCUUCCCCUUCUCCUGUGAGACAGCCUGUCUGUUGGGAGGACCCAGGCGGGCACACCACGGAGAUGCUGAGGCUGCUCGAGCGCUUGUCCAGCGCCUACUCGCCCAGGCACUACGUCGUCGCUGACACGGAUGAGUUCAGUGCCCAGAAGAUACAUUCUUUUGAACAAAGUCGAGCUGAGAGAGACCCCACUGCCACGGCGUCCGCAUACUACAUCCACCGCAUCCCCAGGAGCCGCGAGGUCCGGCAGUCCUGGCUGUCCACGGUGUUCACCACUUUGCGCUCCGCCUGGCUCUCCUUCCCCCUGACCUACCGCGUGAAGCCAGACCUGGUAGGUGCUGUGCAACGGGCCCGGCACGUGCGUCCCCGUCUGCGCCUCCGCCCUGCUCCUGGGGCUGCUGGGUGUGAAGCGGGUGCUGCUCGUCUACGUGGAGAGCGUCUGCCGCGUGGAGCACCUGUCCCUGUCCGGGAGGAUCCUCCGCCCCUUCUCCGACUACUUCGUGGUGCAGUGGCCAACUCUGAAGGAGAGAUACCCUACGUCCGUGUACCUGGGGCGGGUCGUCUGACGGCGCGACGUGCCCCGUGCAGCCCCGCGUCCCCGCCGCUGACUGCACUGGGGGAGCCGCGUGUGCGCCGGGCAGGCGCCCGGGACCCCGGGGUUCGGGGGAGAGUGCGGGAGCCCAGGGAAGUAGCUGAGAGCUCUUACGAAAGAGGCGCGAAUAAACCAUUGUGUAGUCACACCUCUGGGUACCGACUUUCUUUUCUACAUCGAAGAACCUAUCGCUGCCUGCAAGGUAUCUUCUGACUUGUUUUAAUCAUAUUUUUUCCUAAAUCUAAAUAUAGAGUCUGUAUCAUUUGCAAAAUUGCUUUUUCUUUUCCAACCAGCACUCUGUGGUGUAGAAAGGAAGGUAUUGCUUCUCCUUUGUUCCCAUGCACGGGCUUCCUUUCCUGUGGGACCCGCGGCCCUGGGGAGCCUUCCAGUGGGAAGGAAGCAGCCACAAGGCCGGGCCCCACCCCCCAACUCCGACCUCGGGCUCCCGGCCAGGACCCUGAGCAGAAACCCGCCCCUUUUCCUGUCCUUCAGUUUUGCUGUGUCGGUACUUGGCCUCCAUCCCAAAUACCUU